AGUCAGGCGUCUGUUCCCAUAGUGCUCUGUACACAGGUGUCAUGGCGGCUCUCUAGUCAAUCUCGGUGCGUGUUUAUUAUUGUUUAUGAAGUUAUUUAAUACUUAAUCUGCGUUUACUGUCCGCUGCUGAUCGUAACAAAUCUUAAACAACAUUCUGACGUAAUCGCGGAUGCAAUAAAAAUCUUUUCAGGACGUGGCUCUCUAGACCUACAGAAACAAUUUAUCUGUGCAUAUGCUAUGCUAAGAUAGCAGCUGUGUAUAAAAGAGUUUAUAAACUCAUGAACGCAUGAGCUGAACUUUUUCACGUAAUACACGCGUUUAUAAACUCGUCGGAGCUUAUUUCCCAUCACAAACAGGCUUGGAAACAAAGACUAUGAGCACACAAUACAGUGUACUCUUCAAGCAAGAGCAUGCUCAUGAGGAUGCCAUCUGGACAGCGGCAUGGGGCCGCAGUGAGAAAGAUGGAUCAGAGACCAUCAUCACCGGCUCUCUGGAUGAUCUGGUGAAAGUGUGGAAAUGGUCGGACGAAAAACUGGAGCUGCAGUGGAACCUGGAGGGUCACCAAUUGGGCAUAGUCUCGGUGGACAUCAGUCAAAAUGGGGCGAUUGUCGCCUCCAGCUCUCUGGAUGCUCACAUUCGCCUGUGGGACAUGGAGACGGGCAAACAGAUCAAGUCCAUGGAUGCAGGCCCAGUUGAUGCCUGGACGGUGGCCUUUUCCCCGGACUCUAAAUACAUCGCCACCGGCAGCCAUCUCGGGAAGGUUAACAUCUUCGGCGUGGAGAGCGGGAAAAAGGAGCACUCGCUAGACACCAGAGGGAAAUUCAUUCUCAGCAUCGCUUAUAGUCCAGAUGGAAAGUACUUAGCCAGCGGUGCUAUAGAUGGAAUCAUUAAUAUCUUUGAUAUUGCGACUGGGAAACUCCUGCACACGUUGGAAGGUCAUGCUAUGCCCAUCAGAUCUCUGACUUUCUCUCCAGACUCUCAGCUACUGGUUACAGCAUCAGACGAUGGCUACAUCAAGAUUUAUGAUGUGCAGCAGGCUAAUCUGGCCGGGACUCUCAGCGGUCACGGGUCGUGGGUGCUGAGCGUGGCUUUCUCACCUGACAACACACACUUUGUAUCCAGCUCAUCUGAUAAGAGUGUUAAAGUUUGGGACACCAGCAGCAGAUCGUGUGUGAAUACGUUCUUUGAUCAUCAGGACCAAGUUUGGAGUGUGAAAUACAACCCCACCGGCUCAAAGAUCGUCUCAUCGGGUGACGACAGAGCCAUCCAUAUUUACGACUGUCCCAUGUGAAUCUCAUGUGAAUCUCCCAGAGACACGUCCAAUUGAGAACUCAUUAGGAAUUUUAUCCAGCAGGCCAAGACCACACCCACUCAAGACCUUAGAAAUGUCGAUUUUUUAUUUCAUGGUGUCAUUGCCAACUUCAACAUCUGUAUAUGGAUAUACAAAUAAAUGUUUUUGUUUUCUAAAGAA